GUUAGCGGCUCCAUUGGCAAGUAAAACAGAGAUUUGAGUUAAAGUUGACCCCCCAUAAUCUAUGAAAAAUAAAAAGAAGAGGAGGAAAUAGUUACAGGCUGGUGGUUGUUUGAAAGUUGAAAGGGGCUGAGAGCUGUUCUCUCAACUGGCAAGCUAAAUACCUUCACCCAACUAACAAAUCGGACUUGAAUCUGUCAGAUUCAAGAUGAGCGUCAUCGACAUUUUAACCAGAGUUGACGCCAUCUGCAAGAAAUAUGACAAAUACGACAUCGAAAAGCACAAGGAUCUCAAUGUCUCCGGCGACGAUGCUUUUGCUCGCCUCUAUGCCGUCGUUGAGAAUGAUAUCGAAGCAGCUCUUCAGAAAGCGGAGCUUGCUUCAAAAGAGAAAAAUAAGGCAUCUGCUGUAGCUUUGAAUGCGGAGAUUCGUCGGACGAAGGCUAAAUUGCUAGAGGAGGUCCCUAAGUUGCAGAGAUUGGCUAUAAAGAAGGUUAAAGGGCUCUCAACUGAAGAGCUUACUGCCCGUAAUGAUUUGGUCCUUGCAUUACCAGAUCGGAUUCAAGCAAUACCCGAUGGAACUGUACCUGCUCCCAAACAAAGUGGAGGUUGGGGGGCUUCGGCAUCCCGUACUGAAAUCAAAUUUGAUUCAGAUGGACGUUUUGAUGGUGAAUACUUCCAAGAAAGUGAGACAUCUAGUCAAUUCAGGCAGGAGUAUGAAAUGCGUAGAAUGAAGCAGGAUCAAGGUUUGGAUAUGAUUUCUGAAGGUUUGGAUACCCUGAAAAACAUGGCUCAUGACAUGAAUGAGGAGUUGGAUAGGCAAGUUCCUUUGAUGGAUGAAAUUGACACAAAGGUAGACAAGGCAACAGCUGACCUUAAAAACACCAAUGUUAGACUCAAAGACACUGUUAACCAGUUGAGAUCUAGCCGGAACUUCUGUAUUGAUAUUGUUUUGUUGUGCAUAAUUUUGGGAAUUGCUGCCUAUUUAUACAAUGUGCUCAAGAAGUGAUGCUAAAACAAUCUCUUCUCAACCUAAUUUGAUGGUGCCUUGGUGUUGGCUUUCUCUGGCUUUGUUUUGUAAUUUGAGCCUUUAGGACUUCUUAUGGUGUGUUUGCAUUUACAUUUUGUCUCGUAUGCUCGGAAAUAGAUUUUUGCCAUUCACGUAAAGAUUUAAGAAUUCAUUCAUAUGCUGUUUUUUAUCAUAUUAAUCAAACGAUAUGGACUUUCACCAUUUUUCUUUUA